GUAACGACACCAUAAACCAGGGCCACACAUCGCUAUGUAACCAGUUUAAGAUGGAGGAGACAAACUGGUUUACCUGCACUGUACUGAACUGGAGGAGGGGCCUGUUCACACAGGAAGAAUAACACAGGUGGAGAAGUCGUCCUGAAGCUGAUUGUGUGAUAAGAAGCUUCUCUGGAGGUGAAGUGAAGUGUUGUCAGAGCUGCUGAUGUCCUGAAGGACUUAAAGUCUCUCUUAGUCUGACAGGAAGAUGAAGAUGUUGCUGGUGAUGGUCCUCCUCCUGCAUGUUUCCCAGCAUGCCCUGCCUGGCGUGGUGGAGGUGAAUGAGGGGGCGGAGUCGGUCCUUCUUCCCUGUGAGUUGCAUGGUAUUCCAACUAAAGAAAACUUAAGAGUCGUGUGGACUCGCAGCGAUCUCAGUCCCAGAUUUGUCCACCAGAGAGGAGAAGAAGGUGAUCUGGAAGAACAGAACCAGCGUUACAGAGGACGGACAUCAAUGAAACCUGAUGCUUUAGACUCUUUAGACUUCAGUCUCACUCUGAGAAAACCACAUCUGUCUGACAGCAGCAACUACACCUGCUCCAUCACUGACGGAGUAAAUGUACGGAGAGUAACGGAUGUUGAGCUGAAGGUGAAAGGUGAGCAGCAAACACCUGCUGUAGAUACAGGUCAGAGGUCAACCUGAAGGGAAGAACAGAGUGAAGGAACAACCUGAUGAGUCCUUUAUUAGAAGAGUAGAAGAAGAAGAGAACAGAACUUUAUGUUCAUGCUGCAGAACAGUGAGAAGCAGCUUGUGGGUAGAAGAUGUUCCUGAUUCUGUUCUGGUUUUGUCCUGAGUGCUCUGUAGAGUUCUCCAGAAGGCAGGACGGAGACCAGGGUGUGUCCAGGGUGUGUCAGGUCCUUAAUAAUACAGCUGGCUUUCUGCUGGAGUCCACCAGUGUAGAU